UGGAGACAAUGGGCCUCCCUCUCACUCAACUUCAGCACUUGAGCGCAUCUCCUUUCUUGUUUCUUCUCCAAAAUAAUCACACCACUCCCAUCUCCUCUAUCAUCUUUUAAAAUCGAAAUAUUCGUAAUUUCUUCUUCUUCGUUACAGUGAAAUCCUGUUACAACAAGCAGUCGGAGCUCUCUUUGUUUAAUUACUUUUGUUAGUCAAAUAUUACAUGAUUAGUCAUUUAAUCCAUAGCAAGAAUUGGUUUUUUGAUUAUAAUAUAGUUUUGUGAUUGUGCAAGAUUAUAUAUAUGGAUGAAAUGUAUGGCCUUCAUUCCAUGAGUGAUUACUCGGAUAAGGCCUUGAUGUCACCGGAGAAUCUGAUUAUUCCGGCGGAGUAUCACAACCACUACCAUGCCCUGAUUUGCUCCGGCGACCUCCACUGCUAUCCUAUAUCGGGAUCGACUGAGGAUAUCAACUUCCCGUGUUCUGUAGCAACAGAGGUGGCAUCUAUCAAUCCGCAAACAGAAAAAGGAAACCCUGAAGACGAUCAUGGACAUGCUUCCAGUUUGAUCAAGGCCAAAAUUGCUUCUCAUCCUUCAUACACAAAAUUGCUCAAUGCUUAUCUGGACUGUCAAAAGGUGGGAGCACCCCCAGAAAUUGCAUCUUUGCUUGAAAAAAUCAGACGAGAAUCCGAGUUUUGUAAGGAAGAUGAACUUUCCGUUUGCUUAGGAGUUGAUCCUGAGCUCGACGACUUCAUGGAAACAUACUAUGACAUACUGGUGAAGUACAAAUCAGAUCUGUCAAGGCCUUUUGAUGAAGCAACAUCAUUCCUCAAUAAGAUCGAAACUCAACUGGGCAAUCUUUGCAAAGGUGCGUCCUUCCAGAUUUCUUUUAACCCUCUACCCCCACCCCACUGCCCAAAAUCCUGGCUUAAGAACAUCCAUAUAGGAGACAACCCAGUUGUUCUGUAAGAAGGAAUAAUCAAAGGCCUACAAAUUAUAGCUUAGAGCAUUACCUUAUAGAAACCCUAAAGCUGAAAGUAUCUUGAAUUCGGGACUGUUUUUUCUCUGACAUAUUUAAAAAUUCUUUGGUUCUGUAUUUGUGUGUGGUUGAGAUUGUUUUCUAACUAUUACAAGUGAUCUCUAUUUCCUAUUUGUACAGAAAAUUCUAGCAUCCCUAAAUGAAAAGUCAACGAAGUUUUGGCAGAAACUAAAUUCAACUCUUUUCGCAUUUAAGUUAUUAGAAGUGAGUUAAAUUUAACUAGUUUGCGUGCACGUCGAAUUCAUUUUUUUACCUAGGUGAUGCCUGCAUAUGGUGAGGCUUGAAUUUCUAAACUUUACCCAUUUCGAUACCAUGUUGAACUAUUAAAUUUGUUCGACAAAUCCAACUUGAAUACUGAACUGUAGCAAAUGAAGCCAUUUAUAUGAUUAGACGUAUCAGAGGACAGAUCAUGACAAUACAGUAGUUUUCCUUUUCAAACAGUAACAGUCCACUUUCAGCUUUUUCAAUUUUUUACUUGUAUACAUAUAUCGCACUAGCCAAGAAGAUUAAAUUUUUAACUGUACUCUGACUUAAAAUUUGGAUAAUGGAACUUGUACUUCAUUUCUUUAGAUAGAUAGUUCUGUCUUGGGUGUUUAGCUUGGCAUUAGUCUCUGAUGAGAGAAGACCUUCGGUCGAUCUUGUUUAAAUAUAAUCUUCACUGGGUUCCAUUAGGUACAAUGACUAUACGACUUAUGCUUGCCUGCUUACUUUUAAAGGGGUUUCAAGUUCCAAAAGAUCAUGUGUUGGCCUCAAACGUGAAUUAAAGAUGGGAAAUAAACAUUGGGAAGUGUCUAAUUCCCCAUUGGUUGGCGAUUAAAGAUAUGUUUUCUUGUGAAUUACUUCUUAAUAAAUAAUAAUUAUGUGUUCUUAAAAAUAAAUAAUGUACUAUCACAAGGGAUAACUGCCCAUCUGAAUUAUACUGUUUCUGCCAUCUUUAUUUGCUGCUUGGCAUCCAAUUUCUUCUUUUGUUGGAAAAGUUAUUAAACAAUAAAUAAAUUUGUCACUUUGGAAUAAUUUGAACUUUUAGAUGGAAUGAUUUAUCAUUGUAUCUGAUUUACAUAAAUUCCAUGUUCAAGUAUCACCAUUAUCUCUUUAUGAAAUAUGUGUAUGUGUAUAGUUUAGAGGAAAAAUAAAUUCGGAGUUAUAGAUUAAACAACACGACUUAGUAUUUAAAUUUGAAAGCACUCUAGAGGAGAUAAUAAAUUUCAAGCUAUGGAGUCUAAUUAUUAGUGUUGUACAUAAUCAAUAUAUGGAUCGAGCUCUAUAAAUCUUGUAAACUUUUUUCAUCAUAGAACCUCUAUAAAUAUUCCUACGUGUUUUUAUGUCCAUUUUCUUUAGUGAUUUUAUUGCCUUUGUUGAUAUAAAAUUAGGGUUUUUAAUUCUCAACAUUACCUAUCUCUUUGCGUGGCGUUCUUUAUGAUCUUUAUUCUAUUAAUUAAUGAGUAUAAACUGUACUUCAAGAGUGUGCAAAGCACAAAUGUUUACUCAACUUAAUCUGUAAAUCACUAUUAACUUUUAAAACAUAACUCAAAGUUAGAUUAUUUUAUGCAGAAAAAAGCUGCUGAUCUUACCUUAAAUUGUGUUAAUGUAGAUAUCUGGUAACAGCCUUUGAAUUUGAAUGCUAAUAUGCUGUCGACUAAAAUAUAUUAUUAAGGUAAAAGAGAUUGAGUUUAGGCUUAUGAUUAGUUCUUUAACCGUUUCAAACUACAGAUUAACUUUUGGUGAUGAAUUCAGUUUCUUUAAAGAUACUAUAUAUGGGUAUCCGUAUCCACCUGAAUGUUGUAUCAGCACAAUUUCACGUGCUUCUUCAUAGUAUAUAUCAAAUGUAAAGCUGUCUUCACGAGGGCUUGGUCUUCUUGUUGAUUUGCCUAACAAUUUUUAUUUGUUUUAUACAUGAAAUAUUCUUAAUUGCUUGUUAAACAUUUUGCAUAGUCUUUGCAUAUACUUGCACGCAGUUCAAUUUGGAUUUUGGCUUAAAUUUUGUAUAUUACAGCAUGUUGGUACACCACAUUAGAUAAAACCUCAAGAAAUUUGGAGUCGUUUAUGAACUGUUUAUAAUUGGCCAAAUAAUUUUUCAUCCACACAAUCUGAAAAUAGACAAGUACUAAGUACUAACCAUUUAUCCAUUGGUCAUUUAUAUCUAUCUAUAAACAACUUCCAAUCACGCUUUAGAUGCAGUAAAAUAGAGUACUACUGCCAGGUUUGAUUAACAAAAUAGACCGUUAAUUUAAGCUGAUUUUGGUUUAGCAGCAAAUGCUCUUGUUGUCUUUAAUAUUAUAUAUUAUAGCUCUAUAUAUAGCAUAAGGAUAGAUU